AUGGAUGACCAAGUAUCUCGCCUCGUGGACAAAGCAUGGGGGAAGUUCCAACAACUAGGCGAAGGCCAACGACUGUUGAUCGCCGUAGCCGGCAUCCCCGGCUCAGGCAAAACAACGCUCUCCCAAAUCGUCACCAAGGCCUUGAACGCCCGCCACUCGGCCCUGCACCCGCACGCCCCCGCCCCCGCGGCCUUCGUCCCCAUGGACGGGUUCCACCUGACGCGGGCGCAGCUCUCCGCGAUGCCGGACCCGGAGCGCGCGCACGCGCGCCGCGGCGCCGAGUUCACCUUCGACGGGGCGGCGUUCCUGGCCCUGGUGCAAGCCGUGCGGACCGCGUCCUCGGCACAACAGCGCCCCGCUUCCUCCUCAGAGACGCCUUCAACCGUGGUGUUGGAGAAGACCGUGUACGCGCCGAGUUUCGACCACGCGGUCAAAGAUCCCGUUGAGAAUGAUAUUGCGAUCCUGCCGUGCCAUAGGAUUGUUGUGUUCGAGGGGAACUACGUGUGCCUGGACAAGGAGCCGUGGAGGAGCGCGGCGGCGCUGAUGGAUGAGCGGUGGUUCGUCGAUGUGGAUUUCGGGACGGCGAGGGGAAGGUUGGUGAGGCGCCAUGUCAAGGCUGGGAUUGCGAGGGAUGAGGAGGAGGCGCGGAGGCGGGCGGAUGAGAAUGAUUUGGUUAAUGGGGAGCAGAUUGUUAGGGAGAGGGUGGGUGUUGAUGAGGUUGUUGUUAGUAGGGAGGAUAGGGGGUGGGUGCAUGAGUGA